AAGACAACCGGCAAUCCUCAGACCUUCUGGACCUCCUCAACAGCGACCUCAUCAGAAGACUAUCACUGGCUAAAUCUCUCGGAAUUUGGACGGUUAAAAGUUCAGCACUGCCCGUCUUCCCCCGUUGUCUCAGGCUGCUCCAGUUGCCCCGUGAAGUUAUCGUCGACGAAGAGCCGCCGGACACUAACGGGGAAAGGCGAUCGUAUGCGCGCUGACGGCACUGGCCCGAUGGAUCUCGUCAAGUUGCCAGGCGCAGACCGCCCAUCGUCAUAUCAUGCGCUAUCGUCGAUCGAGCCGCCCUCCUCCCCGUUCAAGCUCAAGUUCGUUUCUCCUAUGAACACCGAUUCUUUCCAUGACGCCCACGCUCCAAACCCUCCGUCGUCGAGUGCUUCAAUGAAUUUCAACCCAUCUUUCACCUUCUCGUUUCUAUCAAAUGCCUCCACUCCAUCUCGCAUGAGCAAUCGUAGUGACGACAGUGAUAGCGAAGAUAUCACAUCCAAAUUGCGACGGCCAUCUGGCGCAUGUGCUCAUUGCAAGUCUCUUAAAGUCAAAUGCGAAUUUCAGCCUGGUCAACAAACGUGCAGACGAUGUACGACGGGCAAUCACGAUUGUGUCGUCCGUGGUCGUAAGAAACGAAAGCCUGCACCGACUCACGAGGAUCUACAAAAGCGCUUUCAAAAACAAGAUCUCCAAAUCCAAUCACUGCUCCAUGACCUUGAUAAAAUGAAAUUUGAAGAAAAAAUUCGGCAAUGGUCAGAAAGGCUCGAAUUCAGUAAACAUAUCACUAGCAUUGCACCGUACGAUGGCCCUGGUAUUCCUGAGCUGGCACCGCCGGAUAUCAUCACAUACGCUGUAGUCGCACCGGAGGAGAUCGUCGUACUUUUUCAAAUUUUCUUUGAUAGGAUCAAUCCCUUCUUCUCUCUACUCGACCCUGACCUUCAUACUCCAGCAAGACUUAUAUGGGCGUCUCCAUUUCUCUUCACCGUCAUAUGUGCUGUUGCCUCACGAUUUUAUACAGCAAAGCCUAAUCUAUACGGAAUGGCAAUGGAGUUUGCUCGCGAGGCUGCUGGGAAGGCUCUUGUUGAUGGAGUAAAAUCUAUCGACGUUUGUCAAGCUUAUGUCCUGCUCGGCGUCUAUCCCAUGCCUGCAAAAAAGUGGGCUAAGGAUCGCAGCUGGUUGUUCAUGGGCGUCGGGAUCCGCAUGGCCCUUGAACUUGGUCUACACCAUCAUCCUCCGGCUGGGUUACCUGAACGGGAGCGCUUGAAUCGAACGAGGACUUGGCUAAACCUGUUCUGCGUCGAUGGCGCUCAUGCAACCAUGUUUGGCAAACAGCCUAUGUCGUCUUUGAACGAUGUUGUCUCACGGUCGUCAUUCAAUUGGUACAAAGCAUCCGCCCUCACCCUUCCCUAUGACAUACACCUGUGUGGAUAUGUUGACAUUUUGUACAUCAUGACUCGAUUUCGUGACACAGUCGGCCAUGACCCUACUGAGAAAGCUGGACAGGAUUUGGAUGUUACCGCAACUUGUUUGCAUUACGAAGAAGAACUAUCGAAUAAGAUGGCAUUUUGGUCCCAACGAUACGCGGAGGAUCAAAACAGUUCGGAUCCAUUGUGUAACUACCGUGGCAACACUACCAGACUAAUCGCAGCCUAUCUCAGAUUGGUGGUUCUUUCACUGGGUUUUCCGUUCGCAGUGAAGAAAGGGGUAAUGCGCGAAAGCCCGAUUGUUCAGAAGUGCAUCGAUGUCGCUUUCCUCGUGAUACACAUCAUAGUUCGUGAUCUGUACCCGACAGGCAUUCUUCGUUUCGCAAUGGAGUCGAAUUUCUUGUACGUGGCAUUUGCGGCCGCGUUCCUUCUCAAUCUCCUACGACCUAAACUCGUACCUCUUCUUGAUCUGGCAACGCACCGGAGGAUAAUAACAGUCGUUCGAGACCUAAUCCGUGUCUUGGGUUCCAAAGAGGUCGUCUGGGAUGGGCGCCACACUCCUGCCUUAUAUUCAAAAUUCUUGUCAGCCUUACUGGACAAAUACGAUCAUCCACAGGUACAAAUCGACACAGAUGGCUCCCUAGAAUUUAUCCCACAUUUCCGCCAAGAUCGCCAGCAGACUCCACCCAAUAUCUAUAGCUGGCCUGAUACCCCAAGCACCAAUGUCCUCAUACACGACGAGGCGAUUGAGCGUCCCAUUGGUACAAUCUACCAAACUUCAGGGGACGCCGACAUGGAUUUCAGUUUACAGUACUUUAUGCAGACUACCCAAGCUCAAUCAUUGAGCUCGACUGCGCCAGACAGCCAAAUCCCUGCGCUGGCGGCAUCUUCUUUGAUGGAACCGGAUGGAUGGGAAGGAUUCAACCACACAGAGUGGACUCCUGGAGGCUUUUAUCCUACUUACAGGCGGUGA